UCCACCAUGUUGGAUUUCCUGGCUGAAAAUAAUCUAUGCGGGCAAGCAAUUCUGAGGAUUGUCUCUUGUGGAAACGCAAUCAUUGCUGAACUUCUGAGACUUUCGGAGUUUAUCCCUGGUGUUUUCCGACUCAAAGACAAGGCUGAUCAGCUGAAAUAUGGAGAAAUCAUAUUUGAUUUCAGCUACUUUAAGGGGCCUGAGGCAUGUGAAGGGAAGUUGGAAGCCAAGCCUGAACUUCUCGAUUUGGAUGACGAAUUUCGUGAAAACAACAUUGAAAUCUUGACCAGAUUUUAUUUGGCUUUCCAGAGCGUCCAUAAAUAUAUUGUUGAUUUAAACAGGUACCUGGAUGACCUCAAUGAAGGAAUUUACAUACAGCAGACGAUAGAAACUGUGUUGCUUAAUGAAGAUGGAAAGCAGCUUUUGUGUGAAGCCCUUUAUUUGUAUGGCGUCAUGUUGCUGGUCAUUGAUCAGAAAAUCGAAGGGGAAGUCCGGGAGAGGAUGCUGGUUUCCUACUAUAGAUACAGUGCCGCUCGUUCUGCUGACUCCAAUAUGGACGACAUAUGUAAGCUGCUCCGGAGCACCGGCUAUUCGAGCCAGCCGGGAGCUAAGCGGCCUCCGAACUAUCCCGAGAGCUACUUCAGCAGGGUGCCCAUCAGUGAAACCUUCAUCAGCAUGGUCAUUGGCCGCCUGAGGUCAGAUGACAUAUAUAACCAGGUUUCCGCCUAUCCGUUACCUGAGCACCGCAGCACCGCGCUUGCGACUCAGGCAGCCAUGUUGUACGUCCUGCUGUAUUUUGACCCGUCCAUUCUCCAUACUCAGCAAGCGAAAAUGAGGGAGAUAGUGGACAAAUAUUUUCCAGAUAACUGGGUUAUCAGCAUUUAUAUGGGGAUCUGCGUGAAUCUAGCCGAAGCCUGGGAACCUUACAAAGCUGCAAAAACAGCUCUGAACUACACGUUGGAUCUUUCCAAUGUCAAGGAGCAGGCGAGCAGGUACGCCGCUGUCACCGAGCGCGUGCACAGCCAAGUGCGACAGCUCCUGAAGGAAGGCUACUUGAGAGAGGAGAUGGUGCUGGACAACAUUCCCAAGCUGCUGAACUGCUUGCGGGACUGCAACGUGGCAAUCCGGUGGCUGAUGCUUCACACGGCAGACUUGGCCUGUGAUCCAAACAACAAGCGCCUUCGCCAAAUAAAGGACCAAGUUUUAACCGAUUCGAAGUACAACCCCAAGAUCCUUUUCCAGCUUCUCCUGGACACGGCACAGUUUGAAUUCAUCCUGAAAGAGAUGUUUAAGCAGAUGCUGUCUGAAAAACAAGAAAAAUGGGAGAGUUUCAAAAAGGAAGGGUCGGAGCGGAUGGCUGAGCUGGCCGAUGUCUUUUCUGGAGUUAAGCCCUUAACGAGAGUGGAGAAAAACGAAAAUCUGCAGGCCUGGUUCAGGGAGAUCUCCAAACAAAUAAUGUCUCUGAACUACGACGACUCCACCGCUGCAGGCAGAAAAACGGUGCAGUUGAUACAAGCUUUGGAAGAGGUGCAAGAAUUUCACCAGCUGGAAUCCAACCUGCAAGUUUGCCAGUUUCUUGCGGACACUCGCAAGUUUCUCCAUCAGAUGAUCCGGACCAUCAACAUUAAAGAAGAGGUUUUGAUCACCAUGCAGAUAGUGGGUGAUCUUUCCUAUGCCUGGCAGCUGAUUGACAGUUUUACAUCUAUCAUGCAGGAAAGUAUAAGGGCCAACCCGUCUAUGGUAACCAAACUCAGAGCCACUUUUUUAAAGCUGGCUUCAGCCCUCGAUAUGCCGCUGCUUCGGAUUAACCAAGCAAACAGCCCCGACUUGCUCAGUGUUUCGCAGUAUUAUUCUGGGGAGCUGGUUUCCUAUGUAAGAAAGGUGUUGCAGAUUAUCCCGGAGAGCAUGUUUACUUCCCUCCUCAAGAUUAUUAAACUGCAAACGCAUGAUAUUAUCGAAGUUCCAACCCGCUUGGACAAAGACAAGCUGCGGGAUUAUGCUCAGCUCGGCCCACGAUACGAGGUUGCUAAGCUUACAAACGCUAUCUCAAUUUUCACAGAAGGCAUCCUAAUGAUGAAAACAACAUUGGUCGGGAUCAUCAAGGUGGACCCAAAACAGCUGCUAGAAGACGGGAUACGGAAGGAGCUAGUGAAACGCGUUGCCUUAGCGCUGCACCGAGGACUCACCUUCAACCCUAAAGCCAAGCCCAGUGAACUCAUGCCCAAGCUGAAAGAUAUGGCGGCCACCAUGGACGGGUUCCACCGCUCCUUCGAAUAUAUCCAGGAUUAUGUCAACAUUUACGGCUUAAAGAUUUGGCAAGAAGAAGUGUCGCGGAUUAUCAAUUAUAAUGUUGAACAGGAGUGCAAUAACUUCCUACGGACAAAGAUUCAAGAUUGGCAAAGCAUGUACCAGUCCACUCAUAUUCCAAUACCCAAAUUUGCACCCGUAGAUGAAUCUGUUACGUUUAUCGGUCGACUCUGCCGAGAGAUUCUGAGGAUCACAGACCCUAAAAUUGCAUGCUACAUUGACCAGUUGAACACCUGGUAUGAUAUGAAAAAUCAUCAGGAGGUGACCAACAGUUGCCUGUUUUCAGAGAUCCAAGACACAUUGGGCACCUUUGGCCUGAACGGUUUAGACAGGCUUCUCUGCUUCAUGAUCGUAAAGGAACUUCAGAACUUCCUCGGCAUGUUUCAGAAAAUGGUGCUGCGGGAUAAACCAGUCCUGGAUGCCUUGAAAGUGCUCAUGAAUUCCGUCAACCCUCUGAAAGGGACCGUGGCCAGUAGUGGCAAAGUGUAUUCUACUGCCAUUGCCAAAACGCAGAAGAUAUGGGCUGCUUACCUUGAUGCUAUUAUGAAGGUUGGCCAGAUGCAGAUAUUAAGACGCCAGAUAGCCAACGAACUUAAUUAUUCCUGCAGAUUUGAUUCUAAGCACUUAGCAGCUGCGUUGGAAAACCUCAAUAAAGCAAUCCUUGCGGACAUAGAAGCCCAUUAUCAAGAUCCGUCGUUGCCUUACCCUAAAGAAGACAACACCCUUUUGUAUGAGAUCACAGCUUACCUGGAGGCAGCUGGCACUCAUAAUCCACUGAAUAAGAUCUACAUAACUACGAAACGGCUGCCAUAUUUCCCUGUUGUGAAUUUUCUGUUUCUGAUUUCCCAGUUGCCGAAGCUCCAAUACAACAAAAACUUUGGGAUGGCGUGCAGGAAGCCGGCUGACCCAAUAGACUGGCCGCCUCUGGUGCUCGGGCUCCUCACUCUGCUGAAACAGUUUCAUUCCCGAUACACAGAACAGUUUCUGGCUCUGAUUGGUCAGUUUGUUCGGUCUACGAUGGAACAGUGCACGAGCCAGAAGAUCCCGGAAAUGCCCGCAGAUGUUGUGGGUGCCCUGCUUUUCUUAGAAGACUACGUUCGGUAUACAAAGCUACCACGAAGGGUUGUUGAAGCCCAUGUGCCUAGUUUCAUUUUUGACGAGUUUCGGACAGUUCUGUGACUCCCUCUGGAAGGAACAGCCCCCGUUGGAGCUCCUAAAAAUCCUCUGUGGUGAGGAAGAAGGAAAAUGACAUUUCAGAGCUGGCUUUUAUUUGCAUCUUACACAAUUCUCAUACAGCAGCAUGAGUUGAACGUAAUCAGCAGUACUAACCCU